AUGACCCCUUCGCUCAUCGAUCCACUGAGCGAACCUACCGAUACCUCUAGUCCAGAACAGCCCGACACCGAGGCCAAGCCCGAGCAGUCCGAGCUCCCCGACUCAUCUACCCCAACAACCGCCCUCUCACCCCAUCCCCAUCCUCCACGAGCCUCGUCCAUCCCUGUUCCCGCCGAAACUCCCUCCUCAUCCCUCCAAGCCCCGUCAACCCCGCUCGUACCCCUCUCACUAGCCCGCCGGCGGCCUAAACCACCUACCAAAGGUAUUCUCAAGCCCCCUCCGCCUCCGCCCAAGCCCACACUAGGCAAUCGACUCCGAGAUCUCGCUGCGAACGUCGUUGGUGGACCUACGUCUGGAACAGCAACAGGUCGAGGGUUUUUCGAUUCGGACGAUGCCGGCUCAGGCUCGGGAUCAGGCUCGGGGUCGUCGGCGGGUCCAUCAGGGCUCGGAUCGCCAAGCGCGGGCGGUCUAGGCUCGCCAGGGAGCGUGACGGCCGCGGUGGGAGGGACGCUGGGCGCACUGGGAGGGAGGAUAGGGAUGGGGCUGAGCCGCUUCGUGGCUAGUGCGACGUCGCCCGUGGGGACGCCGACCGGGUCGCCUAUGAGCCGGACGAUAGGACUACCGGAUAUCGGGGGCUCGCCCUCGGGCCUGCCAGUGGCACAGCCGGCGAGCGAGAAGGCUGUACCGAGGAAACAGAGGGGUCCGCUCAGGAGAGCGACGUUCGUUUUGCCCUCGUUGAGCAUAACGUACCCGAUCAGCUCGCAGGGGGAGCCAUGGAGUACGAAAGUUAUCGAGGAUAGGAAACGGAUCGAAAGCUCACAUCGGACACUAAUGUCUGUGACGACCGGCGCAGAGUACUGGACAGCUGCGCGCCUUGUGAAGCUAUACGAGACGGCAUGUAAGGGGCGGGAGGAGAAGCCUCGAGUGGGCAUAGUCCGAGCGCUAGAGGUCCUACCCCGCCAUCCCCGCCCGCGUGUCCUCCACCUAACCCUCCGACCCGACCCCCAAUCCUCCUCUCUCUCCUCCUCCGCCCCAUCCCAGACCCCCGCCCAAAACUCCCUCGACACCCCCCUGAACCGCCACGCCGCCGAAGCGCUCGCCGACGUCCUCUCGUCCGAAUGGGCCCUAAGCGACGUCCGGCUCGAAAACGGCAUUAUCGAGGAUGAUCUGGCUCUCAAGCCUAUACUGCACGCCUUGCUCGUCAGUGGGACAUUACCGAGUUUGAGCCUGGCGGGGAAUCGGAAGGUCCGGGAAAGGGGUUGGAGGCUGUUGGCUGUUUUCUUGAAGAAGGCGAGAUCACUCAAAUAUGUGGAUCUGUCGGAUACGACCUGGGAUCGCCGGUCGAUCGAUUAUCUCGUACAGGCGCUGACGGCUACGGCUGUUCGGUCGCCCUCGCCCUCGCUAGGGGGGAGUGUGGAUAGACUCGGUCUGUCGGGUCAUGUGGAAGUGGAAGCGGGCGGUUGUGAGGAGGAGGGAGCCCUGCCGAAUUGUUAUGGCUCGUUUGUGCCGCAUGCGCCAUUACUCAAGGACUCGGAGGAUUUGCGUGCGGCGGGAUUGCAGACGUUGAGGAUGGAUGGCUGUACAUUGCGUGCGAGUCUGCUAGAGCCGCUCGCUGCUGGGAUACGCUCCUCCGAUAUCCGCAACCUGUCACUACGGCGUAACAAGAUCGGACCCGUCGGCGCCGUCGCUCUCGCCCUGAUGAUAAGAGACUACCCCGACUCUUCUUCUUCUUCAUCUUCAUCCUUCACGCCUUUCCAUCCCGCCUCGUCGACCGCUUCGCUCCUCGUUAACCAACCCAACGGCACCGCUCCCUCCCCGUACACCCCUCGACCGCGGCAAACGAUGGACUCUCUAGCGUCUUCUCUCGGCUCACCAACCGAUCUUACACAGGGAUUGGCGAACGGCCAUGUACGCGUCCACCCAAAUGGCCCGCCCGUACCCCCAAAACACGCACUUUCCGCCUUCAACAUCAACCCUGAUGGCAACGGCAACGGCCACGGCCACGGGACUGCUAUUACCACGGCUAACGCAGAAGGGCGGAUGAGCGGGCCAGAUCCGAGUACCGGCGGCGCGUCAGUAGCGUUACAAAGACAGGUCCGGUCUCUGGAUGGAGUCGAGCGGAUAGGGCGAUUAUUGACCUUGGACCUGAAAGGGAAUGAGAUCAAGAAUGGCGUCACGUAUAUUGCCCAAGUCCUUAAACGAAAUCGGACGCUCAAAGUUCUCAAUCUAAGCGAUAAUCGGAUCGACCCGCCGGGAUUGCUUGCGCUUGCCGAUGCGCUCAAGUAUAAUUCGACGCUGGAGACGCUGGAUCUGAGCUCGAAUCCCUGCUGCGGGCCGAGUCUCGAAGGGAUCACCGCCCUCCGCACGGCCUUUACAGCCAACACCUCCCUCAAACGCCUCUUCUUGUCCGAAACCAACCUCCACCCCGAAGGCGCCAUCGCGCUCGCCGAGUUCCUCCCCGAAGCCCACUCUCUACUCCACCUCGACCUGACCUCGAACCCGCUCGACGUCGCCGGCGUGCUCGCCCUCUCUUCCGGCCUCAAGAGCAAUACCGUCCUCCGCUGCCUGGACGUCUCGAUCCCGCCCAACAACCCGGACCUCGCGGAUCUCAGCCAAGGGAUCUUGCAGACGUGUAUCCGAAACACGGAGCUCGCCGUUGGCGCCAGUGGCACCGGCAAGGGAGGGGAAGGAGUGUGGGGACCCAUCAAAAAGUCGGUCCUGGUGCGCCAAGUCAAAGAGGCGGAGCUCUUCCGCGCCGAGCAGGAAAGACUGGGUGUCAUGUCCUCUCCUGAAGGCCUCGCGAGGGAGUAUGUCUACAAGUUGACCCCCGAGCGCCUGGUGCCGGUGUGCGAAACCACGGGACGGGAUUUAGAAAGAUGGUUGGCUGCUGGGGAAGCUGUCGACUCUCCGCUCUUUGCAGCGUGGGAGCCGGGGCAAUUGCCGCGUGAGGAAUGGCGAACGUUGUGGGAGCGAGCCAAGGCGUUACGGGAGAGGCUGGCGGAUGAGAUUCCGCGCUUGGAGGAUGAAGCGGUAGUGGGGCGGAUGUUGGAGCUGAAUGAUAGUCUGGGGGCGGUACUCGAUGAAGCGGACAAGAGGAGGUUUGUGCCACCGCCGAGAUUGCUCUUGCCUAGUCAGAUCGUCGCUACGGCGGCGGCGGCGGCGGCGGCGGGUUCUGGGCCAGGGCAGGGGCAUGAGAACGGAAAAGGGGGAGUGGGAAUGGGCAUCGGACAGCCAAGUCCGAUGACGGCCCGACAUCGACGACAUAUGCGCGGAACGAGCCUCGAGAUUUCGAGCCCGAAUUUCAGUAUCGGGGAUAGCGAUAACGAUUCGGACGCGGAGGAAUUGGACGUGGGGAGAUUACCGCCCAGUCCUCAACCGCCACGGGCAAGGGGUCGGUCUGGUAGCUCUGGCGGUGCUGGCGCGUCGGGAUAUAUCGGAUCUGGAUCCGGAUCCGGAUCUGGAUCCGGGGCGAAUGGGAAUGGGAACGGCACUGCCACUGUCGAGGACGGACGGGGAGCGAGACCUCCGCCGAGUGAUUUGAGGUUGGAAGCGGAGGACGAAGCGGAGCAGGCCUUGCGCGAGGCUGCGAUCAGUAGUCCGGUGGAGAGGGUGGGGAGGGCGUGGAUGGAGGAGGAAGGAGAGGUUUUUAGGAAGGGGAGUAAGUUGGGGGUAGGGGCGGAAGCGACGGAGGAUGAUGAGGAUGGGGAUGGAGGGGACGGGGAGGGAGGGGGCAGGGGGCUGGGGGAUGAAGGGGUUAGUGGAGAGGUAUUGAGGCAGGAGAUACUAGAGACAGAAGUCGCUCGGAGUCCGGCUCGAAGAGUCCUAGACGCAGAUGGGGAAGAAGAAGACGGAGGGACGAAAGUAGAGGAUACCGCAUAG